AUGCCUAGAAACGCAUCUUCUACGGCUGCCCCUCCGGUGUCCGAUCCUUUAGCAACCGACAGUACUAAUGACAUCCUUGUCAUUGAUCUUACAGACCAAGUACCAAAAAGGGAAAGCAGCCUCCCAACACCAGAUCCUCUCUUGCAUCCGGCGGAACCAACGAACGAGUCUCGUGAAGAUACCACAGAAAACAAUGCUAGUCUAGAUGUGACUGUCGCCCCGACACCUAUACAAACCGAAGGAACGAACAACCAACGUGUCGCAAGACCAAACGCCAAGCACUACGAGCGAAUUGAAGGACCUGCGAAGAAAGCUUUCACUCAAAAGCUACGUUGGUACUACUUAUGCCAUCUUAACGUCGAUGACGUCCAAAGCCUGAUUGUUGAAUGUUACCCAGAUGUUGAGCGCACAUCUGAAGAAUGGUCGGUUCUCGUUCAACAUACAAAAGAAUUAGCCAAGAACUGGAAAAGUAGGACUCUUCGUAAUAUGCAGUCUCGCAUAAGCUCCAUUGUGGACCUGUCCCAUGACCAUGCUACUCCCCUGAGAUUGAUGACUGACGAGGAAGCUUUAUCUGAGUACUUCUAUACCCAUUUCAACGAAGGGGAUUUCUAUAGCUGUUUCAAAUUCGUUGCCGGAAUCCUAGAUAUCAAACACACCAGCGAACCUGGGCUGUCCUACCUACGAAAUCUCUGGGCCAAUCUUGCUACCAAGGUCAAGCUAUGGGUUGAUGCCGUGCGAUCAGAUGGCAGGGAUGCCGCACUCGCUCGUGGUAGAUGGGAGGUGGUGAAGAAAUACUGGCAGGAAAUCACAGUUGCAAGAGAGCUAUCUGGGGCCCGAAGAGAAAUGUUUGCUGAAGUUACAACAACCGGUGUCGCCGGGAAAAAGCGUCAAUGUCCUGAAGCUCCGCCAGCACCCCGGUUUAAGACUUUCUUCCGUGGUACCCCGAUCACCCCGGGUACACCCAAUUCGUGA